GCCAUGUUAUGCAGCGUAUUCGGAUUGGACAGGAUUCGUCCUAAUCAUUGUCUGAUGCGCAGAAUAAACUGUCGAAACGAAAGAGUGCCAAUUUCAAAUUACAACGGUCUGCAGAAUGUGACCGGUAGCUGUCCAGCUGCUUGGAAGAGGUCCCCCGUCCAGUUUGAGCCGUCAAUUGUGCAUGCUUCAACUGAUAACUUCCGAACAGCACGGUUCUCUAAGCCAAGAAUCUCGAUGAAAUCCAUCCUCUUCUUCGUCGUGCUGUUCGCCGCCGGUGUUGGCGCAGUUUCUGCAAUACAAUGUCACCAGUGUUUCUACAGCAACUUGUUUCCCGAAAGCGAUUCCUUCUGUGACAUCGCGUUCGACGGGAAGGCAGCCGACGCGGCCGCGUCGGUGGUUCAGUGCAACGGACUGUGUGUUAAAAACUAUGGAGAAGUCGGCGGCCUUAGCGGUGUCCAGCGUAGGUGCGAAAACAUCGCCAUGUCCGAGUGCAUCAACGGGUGCGAGACGUAUGAGGGCGCCACAGGCUGCAUGUUCUGCUGUGACACCGACCUCUGCAACGGCGCAUCCUCCAUGACCUUUAACCUGAUGGUGUCGGCGGUUGCCAUGCUAGUACUCGCUUGGAUAUGGCCUCUUUAAACAUGUCUGCAUUGGUGGAUGUAUGCCCAUAUCAAAUUUUAUUACGAUAUCUCGUUCACAUUCAAAGUAUAUUUUUGUUUUGCUUUAGAGCGAAGGAAUGUCGAGGUAACCAGAAACGUCUCGAUUAAUAAUUACAGGGUAAAAGUUGAAUUUGUCCUUGGGUUUCACUUUCAAGUUCAGUUAAUUUGACCAAUUACUGGUAUCGGGGCAUGGCGUGACUGUGGGAUGGGAUGAGAUGGGAGGGAUACGGGCCCUCGCUCCCAGCGUGCCCUCAUCAUAUACCCCCCCCACUAUUUUGGAAAAAUAAACACAUUGCUGUCAAAUACAACACAUACAUAGUUUUGCCAUCGUUUAUUUGAUUUUUAGUUGAAUUCUUUCCUGUGAAAAAAAAACAAGGGCUUGUGAAGCCUAGAGGCGCCAACAAACGAUUUAAGAGAUAUAUGGCGUUACAGGGAAACCCCACAAUGAUAUUCCAUCCAAAUCUAAGGAAUGCAGGUUCGAGACCUUAAUGAACACGCCGGCCUAUCUGAUGCCAUUUGAGACCCCGGAGUUAUAGGAGGCGAAGACGGUUACAUCGUGAAACAAGUGUCAGUGAUUUAACGCUUUUCAAAUGCCUUCUUGGUAACAUUUUAAGAACGCAUUGUCAUCCAAAUCUAACCACAAUGUGGAUAUAUUUUUUUUUACCAAAGACGUAAUGACGUGGUAAUGAAUGUAGACACAAAGACGCAUUUAGA